CCCGAGGGUGACCUGCGAGCUCCUGCGCGCGUGCGGCGCGGGCGCAGCUCUGGACUCGCUUGCGUCUGCAGCCAGCGCAGCGCUGCGCUUGACCUACAGCACACGCGCCACAGCUGCGGCAUAAAAAGCUUUUGGCGCUAAAUACCCCAGCGCUGCGGAUAACCCAGCGCUGCGCAUACGGACCGCGUAGAACAGAUAAGGACCGCGUAGCAACGACAUGGAUCUCGACGACAUCCAGGACGGCGAGGUCUACGCCGUGGAGGAGAGCAAGCACGACGACGGCACGACGGCGCGCCUCUCCGUCGAGGCCGACGGCGCGAUCGUCGCGCACCUCCGCGUGCCCGAGGGUUGUGUACAAGGCGACCCGAUCCCGAUCGUCAUCGACACAACACAAUUAGGCGACCCGCAUGGCGGCGUCAAACAUGUGGGAGACUACCCCUGCCCCGACGACGUGAAGCCGGGCGAGGUCCUGCCGAUCCUGAUCAAGGAGGGCGACGGUCGAGGGAUGCCGCCGCCGCCGCCGGAGGGAUUCGAGCCGGAGAAGGACGUCGUGUUCGUGACCGUGCCCGCGGGCUGUAGAGAAGGAGACGACAUUCCCAUUUUGGAGAACGGCGUCGAGACGGGAUUAGUUGUUAAAUGUCCACCGGGCAAGAAGCCUGGGGACGUCGUCGGCGUCAAGGUCACGGAGGAGGAUCGAAAGCGCAUGAAGGAGGGCGCCCAGCAGAACGGGAAGCGCCUUGAUGAAUUACAGGAGAUCUGCCACGCGUUGCCGGUCUGUCUGGACUUUGGAGGGAAAGACGUUGCUGAUUUGCUCGCGGAAGAGGCCUACUACCGGGAACAGGCGGAACGGACCGCCUCGAUCGCCAACGCCGCGAAACAUCAACGGGAGCGCUUCGAGGCGGCGCUCGCGGCCGCGCGGAAGGGCGUCAAGGAAGAUAAAGAAGACAAAAAGAAGAAGGAAAAGCGCCUCAAGCAGGCCAAAGAGCGCCAAGACACGCGUCGGAAAUUGGAGGCGAAAUUAGCCAAGGCUAGGAGGGAUGGUGAUGCCCGAGAGGUCGAGAAGUACGCUCGGCUCGUCGAGGCUUGCAAGGAGAAAGUGAUCGAGGAGAAGGUCUCUGCCGAUCUGAUCCGGCGGAGCGACUGGGAGGACGAGGCCAAUCAAAGAACAGCCGUGGAGAAGCGGCUCGAGAAGUACCGCAAGGCCGUCGAGACCGCCGUCGAGAAGAGCGAAAAGGAGAAGGACCAGGCCAAGGCCCAGAAGUGCGAGGCCUGGCUCGCGAAGCACGAUGAAGAUUCGAAGAGUUAUGUGUUCAAGGAAGAUGAAGUGGUGCAAGCGAGGUAUCGAGGCCGGGAAGCUUAUGUCGAGGCUCGGGUUGUCAAAGUGCGCAAAGAUAACAAGGGUACGUAUACGUAUGAUUUAGAAUUUGCCGACGUGGAUGAUGAGGAUGCGAAAACGUUAGAUGUCGACCAGGCCGAGAAACUCGCGACGCGGGCCAAGCAGGAUCACGACGCAAAAUAUUUAGUAGCCCACAAGACCUCGGAAAAGGCUAAAAGAGCCGCUGAUGAUAUUACGAAGCUCGUGAACAAACUCUACAGAAGGAGAGCUCUACAACUGCACCCCGAUCGGUGCGGCGGCGGCGAGGAGGCUCGUCUACGGUUCGAAAAGUUUCAGAUAUCGUCGGCCGUGCUCAAGGACCAAGAAAAAAGGUUGUUGUACGUCGGCGAGAUGACGAGAGCGAGGGAUACGGCUCUACGCGAGGAUAUCGACCAGGAUCUGGAAGAGUCUGAACGAUACGGGAAGUGGCACGACGCUUGGUUGGCCAAGCACAAGGCGUCGCUCGGCUUGGAGGGCGACGCCGAGAAGGUCGCCCAGAAGCCUUUGCGGUUGGAGGCCGAGGAGGCGCUGCGGACGCCGGCGAAGGUGCAAAUCGUGUCCAAGGUGCCCGGCAAGGAUUGCCUGACAGUGACUGGCGAGGUCUCCGCAUUAUCAGUCUUAGCGGAGCAGUUCGUGGCGGCCGAGUGUCGGGUCGAGCAGAGUUGGGGCUACGGCGGUUUCGACAAGGCGCCUAUGACGCAAUCCAUAAAAUUGGAGCCUUCUCAUGGAAGACAUGUGGCGCAAGUGACGUUCAACAGUCUAACGUUCGGCGGCUGGGAGCUGAAGUGGCGCGUCGCGGUGGACAAGAACGGCCACCAGUCCUGGUCGCCCUGGAGUGCGGGGAGUGCCGUCGACGUCAUCGACCCUAGAGCUGAUGAGAAGGACGCGAAGAGAAAAAAGGCCUCCGAGAAGUGCGCUUAUGAAGCCUCUUCCUUAGAAUCCCUACUCAAAGAGGCCCAGGGGUGGUCGACUUUACAGCAAGAGGCCCUGAAGCCGAACGUCGAUUCGCUGGAGCGGGCCAUUUCGCGGUGCGCGCAAUUGUGUCGCGUGGCUUCUAGAGAGGCUUCCGUGCCGGCUAAACGCGUCGUGGCGAAGGCCAUGGAGCUCCACAGCUCGUUAGAAGCUCGAUUGAUGAGAAGGGAGCAGCGGAGCGAACGGCGGCAGUUCGCGCACCUCGUGAGGCGCCGAGUCUGGAGCGGGGCCUUCGGCGCCUGGAUUUCUACGGUCACCAAGGAUGAUUUAACAAGAGAAAACGGCGACGUCAAUCGCUUGUUCCAGUCGCUGAUCGGGACGGAGAAGAAGUCGCUAGUCGCUGCGAAUUGGGCGUCGGACGACGUGCUCGACGCCGCUGCUACUAGGUCUGAUCUAUUCUCGAAGAAGAACGUCGAGGCGCUGAAGAAGUGCGCCCAGCAACUCAGAGACAAGAGGAGAAGUGAAGAAGAUAAAGAGCGCCAGCGUGAAAUAGCGAAGGCCCGCGCGGCCAAGAUGAAACAGCGCGCGGCGCCACAACAAGACGACGACGACGACUUCGACGAUGCGGCCUGGGACCAGUUCAUGGCCGCGACGGCGCCGGAGCCGGCGCCGGCCGCCCUGCCGGCGGCCCCGCAAUUCGUCUCUCAAGAUUCUUCAGUAUCAAUCAAGGACCUCGAGUGCCCCAUCACCUACGAGUUUUUUAAGGAUCCGGUGACGCUCGAGGGCGACGGCAUUGUGUAUGAGCGCAGCGCCAUCGAGCAGUGGCUGCGGGGGGGCCACAUGACGUCACCCAUCACGAACGUCACCUUAGGCGCGGGCCAGACGCGCCUCAUCCCGAACGAGGCCGUUCGCCUGCGCGCGGAGGCGGCGCGGGCGCGGCAGGCCCAGGCGCCUCCCUCUCCCGUCAGAACCCACGUGCCAGUCACGAUGCCGGCGGUCGUGUCGCCGCCGACGCCGCCGGCGCCGGCGCCGGCGCUGCCCACGAACGGCCACGGGCCGCUCCAGCCGUGCCUCGCCGAGUUUGUUGCGUCCUUAGGAUUAUCUGAUCAUGCUCUGGCGACGCUCGUCGAGCAGCUCGCCACGGCCGAGAUCUUCGAUCUGGAGACGGCCAAGUUCCUCGAGGCUGCCGAGUGGCGCGACGUGGGCCUCAAGGUCGAGACGCGCAAGAGGUUGCUCGCGCGCCUCGAGGCGACGGCCUAGCUUAUAACUAUGUGCUAAUGAACUCACACGAGG